AUGCCUGCCAUGGAUACUUCAAAUGCAGUCGAUAUCCUUCGCCGAAAACCCGGAAACCUUGCAAUCUAUACUAACCCUGAACAUGAGCUGUAUCUCAAGAAGCUCGAUGUUCCGACCCCAAGCGAAGGGGAGUGCCUCAUCCACGUGCGAGCAACUGGCAUCUGCGGCUCCGAUGUUCACUUUUGGAAAGCAGGUCACAUUGGCGAGAUGGUUGUGACGGGCGAAAACGGGCUAGGCCAUGAGAGUGCAGGCGUAGUUGUUGGCGUAGGACCCAAAGUGACGAAGUUCAAGAUUGGUGAUAGGGUAGCCAUCGAGUGCGGCAUCCCUUGUAUGAAGGCAUCGUGCUUCUUCUGUCGCACAGGCCGAUACAACGCCUGUCCAGAGGUGGUCUUCUACUCGACGCCCCCAUAUCACGGAACCCUUACCCGCUACCACGUGCACCCAGAAGACUGGCUUCACAAGAUUCCUGAUGGAAUGUCAUAUGAAGAGGGAUCUCUUCUCGAGCCACUCUCAGUGGCUCUGACAGGGCUCGAGCGAUCCGGCGUUCGCUUGGGUGAUCCCGUGGUUAUCUGCGGUUCCGGUCCCAUCGGCAUUGCCACUUUGCUGGCUGCUAGCGCAGCAGGUGCAAGUCCAAUCGUCAUUACGGACAUCAAUCAGACCAGGCUGGACAUGGCGAAAAAGGCAGUUCCUAGAGUACGAACUGUGCUUAUCACUGCUGGAAAGGAGCCGCAGGCAACUGCCGAGGAUAUCAAGGGAGCUCUCGGUCAAGAAGCCAAGAUAGUGCUAGAAUGUACUGGCGUUGAGUCAAGUGUGGUCACCGGUAUAUACUCUUGCCGAUUCGGCGGCAUGGUCUUCGUUAUCGGUUGCGGUAGAGAUUUUGCCACAAUUCCCAUCAUGUACAUGGCUGGCAAGGAAAUUGAAUUACGGUUCCAAUUUCGCUACCGAGAUAUCUAUCCUCGGGCCAUUGGCCUUGUUGCUGAGGGAGUCAUUGAUCUCAAACCAUUAGUCACCCAUCGGUUUGCUCUUGAAGAUGGUGAGAAGGCCUUCAAAACAGCUUCAGACCCUGGUGCUCUGGCAUUGAAAGUUCAAGUACUUGACGAUUAG